AUGUCGAUUCCGAUCCGCCAACCUCGCCUGCUCUGUUGCCAGCGAGGCGAAGCGGCUGCAGGUGGGCGUCGGGCCGGUGUCAAUGUAGCCGAGACGCCCUCGGAAGGGUGUUUGGGCUGGGUGCGCAGUGGUACGCUGCCAAACAAGGUCAGGAGAUGCGCAACUCCAGAUGCGGCUCCCAGAUCAAGUGCUCGACCAGCACACUUAGCCUGCCGCUCGAACGAUGAGGAUAGGGAGACUGAGAUGACCAUCAAUGGCGGUGCUGGAAGGAGACGAGGCUGGGCGUAUGCACAGCCAGCGAUGCAGGGAACCAAGGCCGAGCUGUGUGCCCGAGGAAUGGAUGUUCGGAUGGGCCGCGGAUGGAAUGAUGGGCAUGUCGAAUCGGCCGUCGCGCUCUUUUCGUCGGAGCUGGCCUCCACCACCGCACUCUCCUCGCCUCGCAAGCCCCCUUUUCGAUCGCGCUUCAGCAAGCAUGCACUCGAUCUGAUUGUCUGCCUCGCUCGACAUUGCCGCCCCAUCAUUCGUGCAUCGUCUGCGCAUCCUUGCGUCAUUCCAAAGCACGCCUCACCUCCUCUGUCUCUUCAUCUUCCAACAAAUUUCCUCACCCGGACGCAGGCGUCCCUUUGCUAUAUCAAUCCAUCGCUACACAUUUUGGCCCUCCGUGCCAUCCCUCGGUCCUGCGCAAUCGCAUCCUUUCCCGACAUGGACGCCUUCCCAGCAGACAUCACUCCGCCGCCGACGCCCGGUCCGAGCUCGUUUGCUCCACCGUCUCCGCAUGCACAAAGAGUCGCCAGGCAACCUCCAACUUCGCUCUCGCUUCGCAUCCCACAAGACGGCCACUCCAUUGGCCGCCUCACACAGCCCUCGCCGCUCUCCGCUCGCCCACCACUCUCGGCAAGCCAUGCCUCUUCCAGCACGCUCGCGCCACCGCCCUUGUCCAGGCUGGCACGCAAGCGCCCCUCCAAGCUCACGCUCGCGCCGCCAUCCUUGGCCGACGAUCCAGGCCUCUCGUCGCGCUCCAUGCCCACCUCCCCCGUGGUGCUCUCCCGCUCCAACUCCAAGUCCGAGCAGCAACACGACACCCCCGUCAUAGCCCCCUCCGCCAUCUCCGAAGCCGUCAAGCAUCUCUCGAGCACCCUGCGUGGAACGCCGCGCCGAAGACCCAGCAUGCCCUUCAAAGACACCUCGGCCCAGCGCUCCGCCUUUCCAGAACCUCCAAGCGCUUCCAGCUCGCGCACAAGGCCGCCAGAAGCCUUUCGCGAUCCUUCCGAGCACAUCCUCAGCGGCAAGGGCAGCACCCUCCAGCACGCUCGCUCCGUCUACUCGCACGGCCCCGUACAGAUCCUCCCCGGCCUCUACCUCGGCGACGAGCACAACGCACGCGAUCACCACACGCUCUCCGCCCUCGGCAUCACCACCAUCCUCAACGUCGCAAAGGAGACCACCCUGGAUUUCAGCGCCGACGCCACCCGCGCACCACCCGCCCAGUGGUCGCGCCUGCCCGAACGCAGGGGCACAGUCGCAAACGGAGAACUUCCCUCGGCUCGCUCCCAUCACGCCUCGCCGCAAUCCUCUCAAGUGCCUCCCACUCCCGGCGCCUACUUUACACCCCCCACCACCGCCUCUCUGCCAGGCGCCAGGGAUAACAACGACGCGCCCUCGCCUCGCACCGCCAUCAGCCCCUCGGUGCUCCGCAACACCUCGUCCACGCCCAACCUGCUCACUCAGUUCCUCCAUGACGAGCCCGCCUCUACAUCCGGCCUGUCAUCGCACCAGCACGUGGCGCCCGUCGACGCGUCGGCCGACCUGCGAACACUGACGGCGCAAGACGUGUUGGAAUAUCGCACGCUGCGUCGCUCCAGCGGCUCAUCUUCCGACGAUGCCUUUGACACGGCAUCCUCCCCCUCGUCGUCGCGAGCACCAAGCACUUGCACGUCGGCAGCAACCGAACUCACGCCUCCUGCCCUCAUGAGCAUUCGCGCCAAGGGCGGCGAUGCCGAAUCCGAAUCCCACGACGCCGCCUACGAUUCCAGCGCAUAUUCCAGCCAGCAGGUGUCGCCCAGAUACGCGUCCGACGAGGGCGAGCAGCCGUCUCCAUCCGCCUGGGUCACGCACGUCGAGCUGCCUGCCAACGCCACGCUCACCAGGGUGGCGGUGGGCGCAGCAGACGGGCGCGCCGCCGAGGUACGCUACAUCAAGCUGCCCUGGACGCACGACGAGACCGAACUGGCCUCGGGACACGGUGGAUUCGCGCAGGGAUGUGCGCUCAUCGCCGAAGCGCUCGGCGUGGAUGCUCGGUACUGGUACGCGGCCAAGAUUCCGGAGGAUGUGGAUGCCUGCUCGGCGCUGCACGACGAUGCCAGCCUGGCGCAGGUGCAGACGAGCCGCACGCCCGGACGCAUCCUGGUGCACUGCCAGUGCGGAGUGAGCCGCAGCGCGACGCUCGUCAUUGCCUUUGUCAUGCAGGCCGCCGCCAUGCGCUACGGAUUCGAGGCCGCACGCAGCCUGCUGGGCAUGCACGACUGCUACAACAUGGUCAAGGACAAGUCGUCGAGCAUCUCGCCCAACAUCUCGCUCAUCUACCAGCUCGUCGAGUGGGAGCGCUACCUCUCCAGCGCCGCCGGUCGGCUGCGCGACGUGCUCGGCAUGGCACACGUGCGCACCCACGGCGAGGCGGGUGAGACUAUGGAUGCGGGGCAUUCGACGAGCCUGGCGGGUGCAGGAUGGUGCACCGAGACCAUGGACGAGGCCAUGUGGAGCAAGAUGCGGCUGGAAGAGGAGGAGAAGGAGGCGGCGGAAGAGGCGCGGCGGCGCCAAGAGCGGCUCAACGAAGCGGUGCGUCUGGCGGCAGAGAGAAAGGCGGCGCAGGAUCGGCUCGAAGGACUCAGGCCCGACGCGGCGGCGGUGAGCACGGAUGCGGCAGCCGGAUCGCUCAUGCAGCGGAGACGCAAGAAGGCGGCUCCGGCACUGCAGCUCCAGACGGCCGGGGCGGCGGCGACAGUGAGCAAUGUUGCGCCGGCAGCAGCAGCGCCGUUGCCGAGUCCAGGGAUGCAGCGACGCCGACCGCCUGCGCUGCAGCUGGGGGGUGCGUCGCGCAACGGCGCCUCGGAGCGCGGUGCGGUGGAGACGCCGUUCCAGACGGCGAGGACGGAGGCUUGGACGCGCAGCGAGCACGAUGGCGACGGCGACGUGAUGAUGGACGAGCUCGAUGCGCCGCAGACGCCGCUGCGAUCGUGGGCGAUGGACUCGGACGUGGUGUCCACGCCCACGGCGCGAACAGCCUGCGGGCCGUGUGAGGGCGGGGCGGAUGCAUGGACGCUGCGCACACCCAGCGCACGCACCCACGCCUCCUCUGCGCUGGGUGGUGGAGCACGGCUGGAUCGGGCCCGGCCGUCUUCGACGUCGCACGUGUCGUUGGGAGGCGAGGGGCUGGUGCCGAAUUCGCUGCCUGCAGCGAUGGAGACGUCGCUGUCGCUCGGUUCGCGCGGGGUGGAGACUCCGGGUCACGCGGGGCGGGCACGGGCACGACCGGACUCGAUGCAGAGUGCGCUGUCGAGCACGGCAUCGAGCACGGCGCUGUUUGGCGUGACGGCGCUGACGCGCGAAGAACGCAAGAAGCAGCACCGGCGCACGUUUUCUUCCGACUGGCCUACGCUGCAGGCCAAUCUGGCGAGUCAGAAGCGGCGCAGCAAGAUCGAGCCGGGUCCUACGGAAGCGAUGGACGUUUGA